GCUUUCAGUAUUGCCAUGUGUCUCCGCCGAUGCUGUGUCAAGUCCACAAUAUUUAUGUAAUUCAAAAUAAAAAUUCUAUGUUGCAAAAAUAAAUACACAACCAGUUUAAUCAUUCGUAAAGAUCAAACUAUUCAAAAACUCCAACAUGGGGACAGUUCACGCAAAGGCGGAGCACGGGCAGGGAGACAACGAGGUGCUGGGCAGCAACCUGUUUGAGUUUGGAGUGGAAGAGCCGAUGGAGAUGGAGGAACCGAUCAUCCAGCGGCCCAGCAUCAAGCUAGGCGGAGUGCGGGCACGAGUGGAUCGAGUCCAUGUGGACGGUCUGAGUCGGACUAAGGACGAUGUGAUCCGGGGAGCUGUGGACGAUCUAUUCCAUGCGACGGACUUUGAGGACGUCAUACUGCGCGCGCAUAAGGUGCGCCGAGCUCUAGAUGCGAUGGGAUGUUUCCGCGACAUCGCAGUCCUUAUAGAUGUGUCUUCAGGGCCCGGAGCGACGCCUGAAGGCCUAGAGGUGACGUUUCAAGUGAAAGAGCUGUCUCGCAUCGUGGGAGGUAUCAACACCACUGUCUCCGAAAAUGAGGGCAAUCUCGUGCUAGGUGUGAAAAUGCCAAACGUGCUUGGCCGCGGGGAGAGAAUACAGUCAGAAUACUCUCUAGGGUACCGCAGUUCUUCUAACUUCAGCAUAACUGCUACCAAACCCUACCCGCACAAACCUAGAACGCCUCUCAUCUCAGCGCAGGUGUACCAGCAAAACUCUGAGUACCCUUGGUCAGGGUACAGGCUGCUUGAUCGCGGUCUAUUAUUAGGAGUGGCUUUCAACACUUCACCGGCCACGAAGCACCAGCUUCAAUGGGAGGGCCUGGUUCGAGACACGUCGGUUCUCAGCAAGACUACCAGCUUCAAAAUCCGGGAGAGCAGCGGUCCUCAAAUGAAGUCUGUCAUCCGCCACAUAGUCUCAGUAGACCAUCGGGACGAGCCGAUCUUUCCAACCCGCGGGGCGUGGGUUCAAUUCUGCAGCGAGGUGGCCGGUUUAGGAGGGGGCGUGGCGCAUCUGAAGAGCGAACUGAAGGCACAGACCAAUCACGAGCUAGCUGAGAAUGUGGUGUUGCAAGUAACGGGUUCUGCUGGAGUUCUCCACGAUGUGUUCGGGACAGAGAUAGCUGAUCACUUCUUCCUCGGGGGCCCGACUACGCUGCGGGGGUUCCGCUCCAGGGGGGCUGGGCCGCAUACUGACGGGCACGCUUUAGGCGGACGGAUGUACUGGGCCAGUGGCGUACAUCUAUACACGCCGUUACCCUUCCGACCGGGUCGCAGUGGGCUUGGGGAGCUGUUCAGAUCCCAUGUCUUCAUCACUGGCGGCUGUCUCGCUUCACCAGAAGAAUCUGGCACCUCUCCCUGGGAAGCCCUAACAGCUGUCCGCGUCUCCUGCGGUGCUGGCGUCGCCUUGCGACUCGGCCGCGUGGCCCGACUCGAGCUGAACUACUGCGCGCCGAUUCUAGCGCGGACUGGUGACGUCACACAGCCGGGGAUCAGCUUCGGAGUCGGCGCUGACUUCUUGUAGACACGUUCUGCUUCAAAAUCGUGACUGUCGUGUGAACGCGUUCUGGUCGCCGAUCUGUCAAAAAUAUUACGUAGUCAAAUAUCCGCAAAAUACACUUUGUUUUACAAUUAUAUAAUUGAUAUAACCUCAAUUUUUUUCUUUGCAAAUGUCAAAUUACGACUAAUAAUUUGGUACUUUUGGUCAGUGCCGGUAUUUUUGAAAUACCAGAUGGUACCAUUUAAAAAUAUGUCGUCAACUGGCAAACGUCAUAAGGUUAAAAAUGAAAUAUAGGAUUUUUCCUUUAUAAUAUCAAUAGUGGUGGGCAAAAAUUCAUUAAUUGGCAAAUUUGGCAUAAACAAAAAACAGAAUUUAUUAAAUUUACAGUUAUUUUUAACUUGAAAUGAACGUGAUAAUCAAGUGUAUAAAAUAAUAAUGAGCGUAAAUUGAUAUUUUUGUUGAUUGCUAUUGAUAAUUAUAAAUAAUUAUUCCAUUUAAAUAUCAACCUUAAUACUUUUUAUCCCAAAUAUAAACAUGUUUAUUUUCAAUAUGUUCAGAGCAGUAAUACAUACUUAGUGAUGUGAUAGUUGUUGAAAUAAAUUAUUGUUUUUAAUUUAAAUUGUUUUAUUUAUAACAACACAACAAUAUUAUUAAUUUACUACACUAGUUAACUAAUCUUAUAUUUACAAUUUUACUAAUAUUUUAGCGAAUUGCCUCGUGCGAGGCAAGUGCGCGCAUGAGCACAGACGUUUUGCGCACGAGGCGUUGCCUCGCGAGGUUGCACGGUCAGAACGGUUACGCACUACGUCCCAUCAGAAUCCGUAAAAAAGAUCCGUCAUAGCCGUAGAAAUACGAAUGUUUGUAUGGUACUUUUUUUUUAGUAUGAAUAGGUAGACGUUUGACCACGAUCACACCUGAUGGUAAGUGAUGAUGCAGUCUACGGCGGAGCACGCUUACCUAUGAGACUUACCUAUUCACUCUUGCUUUGAAGAGACCUGGAUUGUACUCAUGUGGAAACACAGACUCAGGCACUUUACGCGCUAGAUCCGAAGAAUGACGGAAAGAAGUCGGAUGACGGAGAUCGGUGCGUAAAGAUACCAUUAAUAUUAUAAAUGGGAAAGUAUGUG